GUGUGUGUAUAUAUACAGAGAGAGAGAGAGAGGCCACUCCUAUGUUCUUGUACAGUCCCCCAGAAAAAUCCAACAAUGAAGGAGGAGCGGCGUUUUACUCGAAAUCCUGAUACUAUCCAGUCCAUGUCAAAGUUUAUGAAAGGCAAGACGGCUUACGUUAUCAUCCUCCUACUAACCUACGCCCUCGGCUACUUUUCAGCCUCUUACCGUCGCCCGCCGCCGCCACCGCCGUCGGGGGCUGUACGGAAGGGCUGCACAGGAAAAUCCCAGUGCCCGAUGGACAACUUCCGCGUCACGACUCGGUGCGGCGACCCGGUCCCGCCCGAACUCGUCCGGAAAACGAUCAUCGACCGGGUCUUUAACGGGACAUCUCCGUACGUCGCCUUUCCUCCGCCGUACGCCUCGGAGCUCCUCCGGCGGACACGUGUCAAGGGCUGGGGCUCGUACGGAGCCGUGUUUGAGAAUCUCAUCAGGCGACUAAAGCCCCGUACGGUCGUCGAAGUCGGGACAUUUCUCGGCGCGUCGGCGAUUCACAUGGCGAAUCUCACGAGUCGACUCGGCCUCGAGGAGACGCAGAUUCUCUGCGUCGACGAUUUCAGGGGAUGGCCCGGGUUCCGUGACCGAUUCAAGGACGUGGGAAUGGUAAACGGCGACGCUUUGCUUCUGUACCAGUUUAUGCAGAACGUGGUUAACGCGAACCGGACCGGUUCGAUAUUGCCGGUCCCUUUCUCGACCGGUUCGGCUCUAGAGAAGCUGUGCGAGUGGGGGGUGAAGGCGGAUCUGGUGGAGGUAGACGCCGGCCACGACUUCAACUCGGCCUGGGCCGAUAUAAACCGGGCAGUUCGGAUCCUCCGACCGGGCGGAGUCAUUUUCGGGCACGAUUAUUUUACUGCGGCAGAUAACCGAGGAGUGAGACGAGCAGUGAAUUUGUUCGCUGAUAUAAACCGGUUCAAGGUGAAAACCGACGGUCAACAUUGGGUAAUUGAUUCAGUUAAUGCAAUUUAAUUCUUUUCCCUUCGCCGAGAAAUUUAAAUUCAAUGGAUAAAGGUAAAUUUGAUGUGGAUGGAUACAGGGUAAGGUAUUUUUAUGUACCACAAGGGCACAAACUUGAUUUAAACGGGAUAAGGUUCCUGUCCACCUCUCACGUCUUUUUCUACAAUCUUAAUAAUAAAGGUUUUUUUGUGUUGAA